AAUGACAGUGAGCGUCAGAGGGCCCGGCCCCGAGGCGUCAGAGCUCUGUGGGGCUGUUAGCUUCUCGCUGCUUCUGCUGCCCCCUUGACCUUCUGCUCCCAGGUCAGGGGAGGCCUUGCCUGCUCCGACACCGCACCCCCGCCACAUGCCAGCGGCCCCCCGUGACCCGGGAGGAACGAGAGUCCCCUGGAGGGCUGGGGGUACCGUUUGCACACAGGGCUCGGCCCUGACUCCAACCACCCCCCUCCUCGGCCCCCCGCUUCUCCCCAGCCAGCUGUGUCCUGGGAUGUGGACAAGCCCUGCCCAGCAGGUCAGCCGGCUCUUGCUUGAGGCGGACCCACCCCUCACCACCCGCCUCUGCUCAAAGUCAUCCAGGGAGGGGACAUGGGGCUACCGUGUGGGAUCCGAGAGGUCCCUGCCCUUGGCUGGAGCUCCCUCUCCCGGUGUUACCUCUGGGUCCCUGCGGGCAACGGCCCAUAGGCGUCCGCCUCGUGUUCUCAUCCAGGUUCUGCAGGCUUGGCAGAGGCCAUCUCUGCCGCGACGACGCCUGCGGCCUCGGCCUCGGCCCCGGGAGAGCGGGAUGCAGCAGAGCCAGUCCAUCCCUCCUCCGUCCUCUCCUGGACUGGACCAGGGCGAGCCACUCUGGGGGCAGAAGCCAGGUCCAGCCUUGGGUUCCCGCUCGGGCCCCGCUCCAGCUCACCGGGUCCUCGGGAUGACGGCAGCCCUCUUCGGGGGCCCAAACCCAGACGUGGGGCAGGCCAGAGGAGCCCAGCCCACCCCCAGCAGCACAUGCCCCCAAAGGUCUCCUCCUGCCCUUCCAGGCCUGCCGGCCCCCUCGCCACCCGCCUCAGCAGGCCUCUUCCAGGGCUGCUCCCCGCGGGCGGCCCUGCCACGUUGCCCCUGCCCCCUCAGCCUCCAUGGGACCCUGGCUCCUGCGGGAUCUCAUCGAGCCCUUCUCCAGGCCUUCCUUGCCCCUGCCUGACCCUCCACACUCGGCUCGUCCGCUGGGGGCCUUGCCUGGCUGUUUGGCCUCCUCCCGGAGCCGUGAGUGUCACAGGCCCGGAAGGGUCCAUCCUGUCAGCCGUGGAUGAGCUGGACUGGCAAGGGGGAGCCCUGGGUCCUGGCUGGAGGACAGAGCCUGUAUCAGGGUCCGGAAAGCCUCGCUGUCCCUCAGCCGUGCCACCAUCCCUCAGCCCCCGCAGGGGAGGAGGCACACAGGACCUGCUAGCGUGGCCCCGCUUUCAGGCCCAGCUUUUGGGGAGGCCGAGAUCUGGGCCAUCUCUCUCCCUCCUCCCAUUUGGUAUUGGCAGUUUC